CUCUCUCCUCCCUCAGAUGUCAUGGAGCUGGAUCUGUCUCCACCACAUCUCAGCAGCUCCCCAGAAGACCUGUGCCCAGCCCCUGGGACCCCUCCUGGGACUCCCCCACCCUCUGAUGCCCCUCUUUCUGGGGAGGUGAAGCGCUCCCAGCCCCUGCCCAUUCCUGCCAGCAGGAAUUUCCGAGAGGAAGAGCUGCGGGCAACCUCUCUGCCCUCUAUUCCCAACCCCUUCCCUGAGCUCUGCAGCCCUCCUUCACAGAGUCCCAUUCUUGGGGGCACCUCCAGUGCAAGGGGUUUGCGCUCCCGGGAUGCCAGCUGCCCCCAUGUGGUAAAGGUGUACAGUGAAGAUGAGGCCUGCAGGUCUGUGGAGGUGGCGGCAGGUGCCACGGCUCGCCAUGUGUGUGAAAUGCUGGUGCAGCGAGCCCACGCCCUGAGCGAUGAGAACUGGGGGCUGGUAGAGUGCCACCCCCAUCUGGCACUGGAGCGUGGAUUAGAGGAUCAUGAGUCCGUGGUGGAAGUGCAGGCCGCCUGGCCCGUGGGUGGAGACAGCCGCUUCGUCUUCCGGAAGAACUUCGCCAAGUACGAACUCUUCAAGAAUUCCCCACACUCCCUGUUCCCAGAAAAGAUGGUCUCCAGCUGUCUCGAUGCAAACACAAGCAUAUCCCAUGAAGACCUCAUCCAGAACUUCCUGAACGCAGGCAGCUUCCCUGAGAUCCAGGGCUUCCUGCAGCUAAGGGGGUCUGGACGCAAGCUUUGGAAACGCUUCUUCUGCUUCCUACGCCGGUCCGGCCUCUAUUACUCCACCAAGGGCACUUCCAAGGAUCCAAGACACCUGCAGUAUGUGGCAGACGUGAGCGAGUCCAAUGUGUAUGUGGUGACCCAGGGCCGCAAGCUCUACGGGAUGCCCACGGACUUUGGCUUCUGUGUCAAGCCCAAUAAGCUUCGCAAUGGCCACAAGGGGCUCCGCAUCUUCUGUAGUGAGGACGAGCAGAGCCGCACCUGCUGGCUGGCUGCCUUCCGCCUCUUCAAGUAUGGGACGCAGUUGUAUAAAAAUUAUCAGCAGGCACAGUCUCGCCACCUCCGCCCAUCCUGUUUGGGUUCCCCACCCUUGAGGAGUGUCUCGGAUAAUACCCUGGUGGCCAUGGACUUCUCCGGCCAUGCUGGGCGUGUCAUAGCGAACCCUCGGGAAGCUCUAAGUGCAGCGCUAGAGGAGGCCCAGGCCUGGAGGAAGAAGACCAACCACCGCCUCAGCCUGCCCACCCCAUGCUCAGGUUCAAGCCUCAGUGCAGCCAUCCAUCGUACCCAACCCUGGUUCCAUGGACGCAUUUCCCGUGAGGAGAGCCAGCAGCUCAUUGGGCAGCAGGGCCUGGUGGACGGCCUGUUCCUGGUCCGGGAGAGUCAGCGGAACCCACAGGGCUUUGUCCUCUCUUUGUGCCACCUGCAGAAAGUCAAGCAUUAUCUCAUUCUGCCAAGCGAGGAGGAGGGCCGCCUUUACUUCAGCAUGGACGAUGGGCAGACCCGCUUCACUGACCUGCUGCAGCUCGUAGAAUUCCACCAGCUGAACCGUGGCAUCCUGCCGUGCUUGCUGCGCCACUACUGUACCCACGUGGCCCUCUGAACACCACACAGACAGGUGUGCAUCUCAGGGCAGCUUCAGGAUGUUCACCAUCCCAUCCACUCAUAGAGUGGGCUCAAGGGGUGCAGGAAAUGAUGUCAUGAUCAUGAAUGAUUGGAUAGGCUCCCCCACUCCAGUUUUCUCCACUGCUCCUUCCCCUCCCUUAGGCAGAAAAUGCCCCCCACCCAGUCCACUCUCAACCUUUCUCAUUAAGGGAAGGUGAUUGGGGUGGCCCUCUCUGCUUCAUGGAGCUCCUGGGGCAAUGCUCCUGGGGCAGGGCAUUAUGGAAGAAAUGGGGUGGCCCAGGUGGUUCUAUGCCCCACACUUUGUACAGAAUGAGAGGCCAGUGAUCUGCUCUGUUUUAUACCAGUGACAAUAAAGAUUAUUUUUUGAUACA